GCGGGAACCAUGCAUCCUCGUCACAACAGGCGGCAGACCUGUGAUGGAUGCAGUAGACUCAAGAGGCAGAUGGCGAGUCAUAGCAUAGAACAGGCAUGACGAAAGACUAUGCAAGAAUCAGUAUCUGAUUUGACAGUAUGGGUGGGCAACGUACCUCCUAUGGUCUGCAAAGGGUAUGAAAGUGCGGAGAAGAUACACCGGAGGGGAAGGAUGUGUCUCGGCCAGUCAAGUCAAGCCUUUGUCAGGAACGACUCGGGUCGGAUUGAGGGGCAUUCAAGUAUCCCUAUGAAAAGCAUUCAUUUGAGCAAAGAAAUCUCAUUGAGAACAUAUACCCAACAAGAACAAUAUUCUUUCGAAGAGUCCUCAACUCCAUCCAGCGCAGACAUACAUAUACCAUCUAUGAUGCAUCCCCAUGCUGCUCGUUACCAAAAAUAUCCCUCCCAGAAUAGCAGUACAUCAGCACCAACCCACCACCAAUCAGAUCCACCCACCACAGACCCUGGAGUUACCAGAAAUAACUUCCUGGUCUGUGAUGAAAAUAGAAAGCCUGCAGAUAUCCGGGCUUAAUCCCGCCCCAAGUCCCGUCCUCAGCGCCUGAUAGUCUCCUGCUGACCUACCAUCUGCCCCGAAUUCAGCGCCGGUCCCCGUAGGUCCGGAGGAAGGGUUCAACCACGCGGGGAUUGGCUGGCUCCGAGGCCAGGUGGUCACUUCCGGGUCCUGAUUCAUCACAAAGACAAGCUAGUGCCGUAGUGCCGGCAUGGUUGCUUUUGGAGGGAUGGUAGGAGGAUUUCAGGAUGGUUGGCGCGCGAUGAUCUCGGGCGGCUGGAUCACGG